GACAGAUAGAACUUAUUUGUUGGUUGUUUCGCAUUCGGCGCCCGGACAAAAUGUUGCCUUUAAUUUUUACACUCAUUGGAAUCCUAGCAAUUACCGCAACAGCGAAUCCCGUCAUUCCCGGAGGGCGGGUCGCCGAUGGCGAGGACGCCCAAUUAGGUCAAUUUCCCUACGAAGUUUCCAUUCAAAAGAACACCGCAGGUUUCAUCAUUCAUUACUGCGCGGGAAGUAUUAUUUCGCCGGAGUAUAUCGUCAGCGCAGCCCAUUGCUUUGUGGAUCCUGCGCAGACAGACCUAUACACGGUGGUUGCAGGAAUCGUCAAUUUGAGUGACAACAACGUAGGCGAGCAAAAACGAAAUAUCGACAAGAUCGUCCUCAAUUCGUUGUAUCCCGGGGAAGAAGUAGUUGCCCCGCACGACAUCUCAGUGGCGCACUUAUCGGAGCCGUUAUCUUUCACCGACACCAUCAAACCGAUCAAUCUUCCCCAGCCGAGCCAGGAAUUCACGGGUAUCGCAACCCUUUCGGGGUGGGGUCAGACAGAACAAACUCUGUUAUCGAAUACGUUACAAUUCGUUGAUGCCAAACUUCUCACUUCAGAAGAGUGCAACGCAGCAAUAGAACAGUAUCUGAAUCCCGGCGAUGUAAAUCCGCUUAGCACCCAAUACAAUCUAUGCACGGGAGCUCUGGAAGACUACCAAUCAUUUUGCAGUGGCGAUUCCGGCGGUCCAUUGGCGGCGAACAACACUCUUAUCGGAGUUAUAUCUUGGGGACUGUCAGGAUGUGGAGUGACGAAAAGUCCACCCGCAGUUUACGUCAGAGUCUCGGAGUACAUUGAUUGGAUACAAGAAAAUACCGAAUAGUCCGAUCCAACAACACAUUUUAAUCCAUUAAGCUAAAAUGUUAAAAACACUUAACAGUAAACAUUGAAGCCUCAAAGUUAUACGGAAUAAUUGUUCAAUAAUAUUCGAAAAUUUACUUUAAAAGUAAAAUGAUUCAAGGUAUAUUAUUUUGCA